CAGUGUCGUACGCAUGUACGCAUCUAUCAUACCAUCUGUGAAAACAUCCACAUAACCUGAGACCUGCAAUCUCGGAUCGUCAGAUAAAGCUUGAGAUCGAGUGCAACUGCAAUAGCCUAUUUGCUAGGGUUCUUCAACGACCGAUACCGACCUCGCCGACGUCACACGCAUCCACCUGAUGAGACAAUAAAGAUCCUCCAGCGAGUCAAGGUACACACCUACGACCGGAAUCUGACAUCCCUACUCUCCUCUUGCUAAAUGCAUGCAUCCUCAGGGCCUCCUCGGCCGCCUGGCAUUUGGCAACAACAACCGAAUCGACCGGCCGGACCUCCUGGCAUGCCUAGCGGGUUCGCUUUGGGAGACAUCAAGCCUGGCGAGAGGAUGCCGAUGCAUUUGGCAACAUCGAGACCUCCCAAUGGAGCCUCAUCAGGCUCUGUGCAACCUGGACAGGUCUUUCGACAUCCAGGUUACAAUGCUCCCGACCACAACGCUUCCCCUGGUCCUGGACCUAGAUCGACGUCCAACCCGAUCCGUCCAGGAAUGAUGGGUCAGAUGGUCCCUCCUUUCCAUGCAAACCCGGGAAACGCCUCGUAUCGCCCCACCCUCGCACCUGGCGGAGGACCAUAUCCUGUCAUCCGACCGAUGAACCAGGGGUAUCCAGCAGCCGGGGCUCUGAACGGCGGAUAUAUGCCUCAACCUCGCUCAGUGACGGCACCCCUACAGGCCAGGGCACCAGGGCCGCAGCGAUAUGAAUUGCAUGACCGGGUUUCUACCCACUCUACGAGAUCUUCAGCUUCGGAGAAUAGUCGCUACGGGGGACGACCUGAUGGUUCCCCGCCUCUCCCUUUUCCGGGAGAUUCACGUUCUACCUCUAUCAGGACGCCUCCACCAGCGGAAGACCCUCGAUUUAGUGGCCGGUCAGACACUUCGGCAGGGGCUCGAGGGUCUGCGCAAGGCGGUCGAAGCGAUAGCGUGUCCUCCUCGUCCGUCGGAGCCAAUGGUAUAGGCGUAAGCGCAAACGGUAGCUCAGGGGGGAGGAAUCCUCUGGCAGAAUUGAUGGAGAGCGAAAAGCUAUUUGUCGAGCGGUUGGGUCUGAUCGUUCGAAAAGUAGCGGCUGCUUGGUCUCGGUCGAAUCUACCUCCACCUGCUCUCGACAAGAUGUUCAGAGCCAUCGAAGGGGUCUACAAAUGCAGUCGCAGCUUUGUUUCGAGGCUCGAGGAGAUUGGCUCGUCGUCCAGUUCACCCAAAGCCAUAGGUGACCUCCUGAUUCAAUGGAUUGACGACCUCUCCACCCCCUACGAGAAAUACGCCGACAGUCUGAUGGUCAACUUCAACUCGCACCCAGCCAUCCUCUCCAAUCCCAACCUCUCCAGAAUACUCUCGGAGUUGACUCUAUCUCAUCCACCACCUAUGAACACGUCGGUUCCCACAAGCUCCGCAGCGCAGACGAAUCCUCCCUGGACGAUAGACUUGUUCUUCGUAUUACCACUGGAUCGACUUCAAUACUACCGCAAGCUCUACGACAGACUGUUAAAGAGCACUCGCGAAGGCAAGAGUGAUUGGAAGCUCCUCAAGCGGAGUUGUGAACGACUAGAGGUGCUCGUGGAAGGGGUCGAGGAACGCCUGAACUAUGAUGUCAACAAUCCUCUCUCUCGAGCGGGUUCGAGCAACGGCUUGGACAGCAGGACAUCACUAGCGACGUCGAUGGCCGCUAGUUCAGCCGAUAACCACGCCUUCUCCUCCUCGACCGGAUCCUAUCCCUCGCCUCCACAAUACUCGUCUGCGUCGGAUCAACGAAUAUCCGACAUGAAUCUCAUGGAAAAGCCGCCAAUCUCAGCAUCAGUUCAGAAGUCGAUAAGAUCCUUGACACCAGUUGAACGACCGAGUCAAGCGCCGUUGACAGAUCUCGAAGUCCGCCUUGACACAAGUCGCGCCAUCGAUCUCUUUAGUAUGCGACCAAAGCAAUGCCGACUUCAAAUCGCGCCCCCCACGCUCACAUUCAAGCGAGAGCAGAGAAGAGCGGUAGACUGUGUCAUCUCGUUCACGCCGAGCUCGACGCGCCAGGAAGUCGUUCAUCAACGCGCUCAGAUUAUCGUCCUCAGCGAUCUGUUCCUGAUGUGCGAACACAUGACAGCUACGGAAAAGGCCUCGAUGGUACAAGAAGUACUGUCGCGGUAUCCAGAGCGGGCUGGUGAUGGAUCCCCGUUCCCGGAGAUGUGGCUCUGUUACCCGCCACUGGCAGGUCGACACCUGACUGUGGUGACGGGCGGGAUGGAAACCGAGUUGGUGGUCGGUGUUAUGGGAAAGGAGAGGUUCUUGGUAGAAUUCGAAUCUCGAGAAAUCCGUGAUGAAGUCAAGGAUGACCUCGAAGCAUGUAUCGACUUCGCUUCGCAAGUCAAUAAGCCUUCUCAGACCCGCAGCAAGCCGCCGUCUCCUAGACCCGACCGGCAGCUGCCAACAUCGGAUGUAGACCGCGGAAUGUCAGUCCGAUCGCUCGACGCGGUCCUCCCAUCGUUGCCAUCUACGCAUAGUCUACCAGACCAAAGGCCUCGCAUCGACAUCAAUCAAGCCAAUCAAAUGGCACCUCCACCUCGUAACGCGAGUCUACGAUCACCCGUCAUGAACGGGCCUGGACCGCGCCCCUUCGCUGGGGAUCCCAAUGGAGCGGGAUAUUAUACACCUUCCCCACCUCUGCCCUACAAUCCAGGACAUAUGAUGGAUCAGAGCCAGUACCUGCCAAUGAACCCUCAUCAUCACAGUUCCGCGCCCCCUCCACGUUCUGCGCCGAUACUGGCUCAGAAUGGGACCCUGAUGACGGGUAUGCCUCCUCCAUCACGGUCGCACGAUGGCCAUUCCCGUACGAUGCCUGGAGACCCAUCAGAGCAACAGCAGGCAAACGGAUCAGCUUACAUGCAGCAGCUUCGCCAUGCCCAAUCUACAGAUGGGCUGCGUCCCCGUCGUCCAUCUCCUCAUCACUUAAACAUUCCCUCCCCAAUUGAGCGCGGUGGGUAUGACGAGGAAGAUGACUCACCGAUCUCUCCAGUGAAUCCGGAGCCUCCGCGUGAUGCAGGCCCCGCAGUGAUAUCUGCGCAGAUGAAAUGCAAGGUCUUCCUCAAGCAAAGUCAUCAGCAAUGGAAAGCUCUCGGCAGCGCGCGGCUCAAGCUCUAUGUCCAGACCAGUACCAACAUCAAGCAACUGGUCGUCGAGUCGGACAGCAAGGACAAGACUAUGUUGAUUUCGACCAUUGUCCUCACCGAUGGGGUAGAGCGCGUCGCCAAGACGGGCGUGGCGAUUGAGAUCAGCGAUAUCAGCGGGGCCCGUACAGGGAUCAUCUACAUGAUACAGUUGCGGAACGAAGAUAGCGCAGGGGGGCUGUUUGAUAGUUUGAUCGCUGGGUCAGAUCGAGCGGUCAAUAACAGCGUCCAUCGUAAGGGGCGAUAAUCGAUAUCCGACUCUAGGGUCCGGGUUUCUUUCGAUAUGUUUAUGACACCAAAUAAUGAAACAUGACGAGGUUUUCUUCACGAUUUGCCAAAUUGUAUCGCCUCUGCUCGAACACAUCAGGGCUAGGGAUAUCUCAUUUUCAUGACUGCCCCG